UGCCUGCAGUGUGCUGCUUAAAUUCACAUGGGAGGUUUCACCGGGAAAAUGACAUAUCUUAUGAGGAACUUCUUGAUGAACUUCUGCAAGCUAAUUUGUUUGGCGAUAACCUUACCUCUCCAACUAAUGGAGUUUUUGGGCUUAUAUGGAAUGUACAAGCGUUUGUUUCCGCUUCUUGCUUACAAUAUCACUUUUUCAUACAACGACAAAAUGCACGAAAACAAGAGGAACCUUUUCCGAGACUUGUGUAAAUUCUGCAACACGGAUGGUACACUUCGACUUCUGGAGAUUGGCUGCGGUAGUGGGGCCAACUUCAAAUACUACCCAUACGGUUGCACGGUCAUUUGCACAGACCCCAACCCUCACUUUGAGAAGUACCUGCAGAUGAGUAUGACAGCAAGCGACCACCUGACCUAUGAAAGCUUUGUGGUUGCCUCAGGAGAGGACCUGAUGGCAGUGCAAGAUGAGACAGUGGAUGUUGUUGUCUGCACGCUUGUGCUGUGUUCUGUCAACAAUGUGCCACAGGUACUGGAAGAGGCAAGACGGAUACUCCGAAAAGGUGGUGCUCUGUACUUUCUGGAGCAUGUAGAGUCAGACCCCUCCUCUUGGAUAUACUUCUUCCAGCACAUGCUCCAGCCGAUGUGGUACUACCUGGGGGACGGCUGCAUGGUUACCAGGGCAACGUGGAGAGAUCUGGAGGCUGCUGGGUUCUCAGAGAUCCAGCUCCGACACAUUGAGGCUCCGCGGGUCACUUUCAUGAUCAAACCACACAUUCUUGGAUAUGCCAUCAAGUGAACGUUUCAUUCAACUGUUAAAGUCAAACUGUAUUUUUUUAAAAUCUACAUAUUUUAUACUUUGACUAACUUUUCUAAACAGAUUUGUGCAAUAUUAAGCAACUGUGAAUUAAAGUCACUUCCUGCUAUUCACACCUUAUUUGCCAUUUAGUUUAGGAAUGAAUGAAAUUGACUAUGUUGCAGUAACAACAGAGUAGCUAUAACUGUAUACUACUACUCUCUACUCAGCCCACUUCGACCUUGGUGGCUUGAGGUCCCCAGUGGAGAUUAGCUGUUGAUUGUGUUUUUUAUAGUGUUUUUAGCAGUCUCCUCUGUUGGAAGGUCUUGUCUUCUAUAGCCAGUAGAAGAUAGUGCUCCAUUCUACUCUUUGUUUAUGUACAGCUCUUCACUCCAAUGUGAGGCCUCUGUCGAUAAUAGCAUUUCCACCAAUACAGUCAUUCAUUUCGCAGGUUUCCAUUUCACCAUGUUUAUUAGACAAAAUCAAUGUCGCAAAAAAGAAAAAUGCGAAAUGUGUCAUGUAAACAGCAGAUAGACAACAUGUUUUAUCUGUUCACCCGGGGUGGCUUUUUCUUUUGUCUCACUUUAUUGCAACAAAUGAUGAUGGAAACUCUAUUUUUCUAAUAAAUUAUGAUUGCUGAUUCAU